UCUUAUGCAACUGCCUCUGCGGGCAUGCACCCGUCACAUACUCUUCCUUCAAAGCUCAGGGCAAUCUCGGAGGUUGGCUUCAAGUGGACAGAAAUCGCACUUCCAGAUCUUGAGAAAUAUGCGUCCUCAAUUUCAAUGGAUAUAAGGAAAUAGAUGCUGCGAAGGACACAAGAAAACUUUGCGACCAACUAGGUAUUCGUGUCCUCCCUGUCAUGCCAUCCUCACAGUUCGAAGGAUAUAAUUAUGCUUCAAAAAUCGAACAGGGCUUAAAUCGUGCAAGAGCAUGGUUCAAAGUGAUGAAGCUAUUCUAGCUGACUUUCCGCAUAGAUACGUGAGAUACUUAUCAGUGUAUUCAGGCUCUAGGGUGUAGAACACUCCAAGUCGGCUCCUCGAAUGAUCCAUUUAUCAGCUCUGACUAUGACCUUAUGUCGAAAAACCUUCGAGCUUUAGCAGACGAAGCAGUGGCCCAAGACCCUCCGGUCCUAAUUGCAUACGAAAUGUGGGCAUGGGGAACAUAUGUAGAAAUUCCGGGAGCACACCUUGAUAUUUGCCGACGCAUAGAUCGGCCUAAUUUUGGGUUAUGUCUUGACACCUCCCAGAUGUCCGUGACUCAUUUGGCGUCGGAGAUCUGUCUACCCAAUGCUCUCUCACCAUCGAACGUCCCUCCACCGUCGGCGUCUCUGUCGGAAUCCUUUACAGGUCUUACACAUACGCUCAGCCGGCACACAGACAAAAUAUUCUAUCUGCAAAUUAGCGAUGGCUCGCGCAUUGAUUCCCAUGUACUUGAAGUGGAUGCAAAAGCACAGGGUAUCCACUCUCUAUAUGCAUACUCAAAUGCAUAUCGUCCUCUUCCGUUCCAGAAGGUGUCGCGUCCUGGAUUUCUUCCAGUCUUAGAUGUGAUGCGUGGUGUACUUGCAACUGGAUUGCGUGGUCCAUGGUCAUAUGAGACCAAAAUAAGGACGAUCCUGAUGUUCCGCGAUGCUGGACUCGCAAUGCUAUGGAUACUCACGCGCGGAUUCUUGAGGAACUAAAUGCUAGUCAAAAAUAAAGCUUUAACUGUGGCUUUAAUAGUGAUGAUGUAUGUAGGUUUCCGUAGGCGCCGACCAAAAACAAUCAUACCUGUGUUCCGC